AUGGAUCUCCAGACCAUCUACGUGGACGCAUCUACGUCAUGGGGGCCCGACACUAAGGACUCUAUGCCACGAAGCCCUACACUCUACGCACCCCUGCAUCUUCUUGGCACCUCUGUCUUUUCUCUCAUGCUGCUACCUCUGGUGUUGUCUUGUGACAGCAACCGGACUAUGAGAGAGAUCGCUGAGGACUACGAGUCUGUCAUCUCCCUGCUCCUUCAGAACCUUGAGAACAACAUCACUGAAUUAAAAGUGUCUAAUAAAAGCUGCAGAGAGGAAAUGCCUGAAUGUGAGAAGGAUAACGAGAGCCAGUUUAUUUACAACAUGAUGUGUAGACAUACCAGACUCAUUAGGCUCUUUAAGCUAGAGAGGCUCAAGAGAGAAAUCCUGUGCUCACUGGGCCGCUACUGUCCUAGAAAACAGAGGAGUUCACAAGAACAGCACACAACCCAUCAGCAUCAGAGGAGAAAGAAGAAGAAGCCAGGAGGAGAAACGGUGGAGGAGAAAGAGAGGACGGAGGAGAACAGAGGGACCACGGAGGGAGGGGAGAGGUUGGACGGUGGGAAACAGCAGGGACGAGAGAGAAAGGAGAGAUGCAGGAGCACAAAGGCCAUGAAAAGGAGACGGAGACAGUAUGAACUGAAGGUGUUUGUGGACAGCCUGAAGGAGUGCUACAUGUCCCUGGCUGAAAGACACGGAGACCUGAAAUGAGACGAAAG